AUGAAUGUUGUUCAUAGAAUUAGACACAUGUGCAAAGGUAUAUUCCUUAAUGACAUCUACCAUGGAAAUUUGCAUAAGAUGAUAUUACAAGAUGAUGAAAUUACCAGUAUCAUAAAAAGGAUUGAAAUAUUACUAUUAGAUGCCAAGAAUUGGUUGGAUCAAGUUCAGAAUCACAGAAAAAAGAUGUUUGAGGCAUUGACAUAUCCAAUUGAGAAUCUUGACCAACUGCAUCGAAUAUUAAAAUUACUCCAACAAAUCAGAGACUUACAAAAUAAGACAGAUCAAGUUCACCUAGCCAUUGAAGAGGCUUAUAACAAGCUAAGAAUGUAUGGCCUGCAGCUUCCUCGUACAGAAGUUGAAGAUGUUAAACAUUUACAGAUCAGAUGGCAGAAUCUUGUUGAGUUAUCUGAAGAAAUUGAAAAGUCUCUCUUCACAGAAAAACGUGCAUCUUUUGAACAGGAAAUUGAUGGAGAGAAUAUGCAUGUGUGUUGCUACUUCUUCUUCACUGCAAAUGCCUUUAGUCCCAAACAACACUUAGGGACUUCUCUGUUCUUUCUUUAUGGUAAACUUUGUAACAUCCAGCUCUUCUUUUCUGGGGCUUCUUUGAGAGGACUUCUUUUUAAAUUUUCUCUGAAGCUUUAA